UCUACAUUUAAAUGUUUAAAAAGGUCACAGAAAUCUGACGACAAAGUCAUAUAAUGGCGCCCGUUGGAAAUUUUAAAAUGACGAUGUUGAUAUAUUUGUUCGUAAUUAUCUAUGCAGUGAACGCUGACGUAGAAACUGACGUUAAGGAUAUAGCAAGUUCCUACAGUGACGGAGAUAUUCUGAAAGCGGUUCUUUCAAAAAUGGAAGACAUGCAAGCAAAAAUAAAGAAGCUCGAAAAGUCGGAGUCCAGUUUGAAGCAGUCUGUCAGCGUUCUAAUUGGAACUACCGCACAGUUCCGGCUACAGAUUGCAGACCUUGAACAUUCCAAUAAAGAAAAAGAAGAAAGAAUUUCAUUUCUUGAAAAUAAACUGGCAAGGAGUAGUGAACUGAAACGUGAUGCUGAAACAGACGGACGAAAAUCUGAGAAUGUUGUUGAAGAGAGAAAUCAAGCGGGCAGAGAAGACUGUGGUACAAAAAAAAGAGGUAUACGCCAAACUCCAGAACAAGUGUCUUUCUCCGCCUAUUUGGACCAUGUAGUAAGAAAAUUAGGCCAUGACCAACCCAUUGUUUACAAUAAGAUACUGUUGAACGAAGCUGGGGCAUACAGUAAUUCAUCUGGAAUUUUUCACGUUCCGACGUCCGGUGUUUAUCUAUUCUCGUGGUCCGUAGGUGCAAGAACAUUAACUGGAGAACAUACAUAUGACACACUGGUGAAACUGGCUGUUAACGGAGUCCACAAGGUUGGUUCAGUAGCUGAGAGUCCAGUUGUACAUGACGAUAAUCAGGGCAGUAGCACAGUAAUAUUACGGCUGAAGCAAGGUGACGAAGUCUGGACAGCUUCACAAAACUCUGGUGGUGACAUUUUUGGAUCUGAUUAUGAAAGAACAACAUCGUUUACUGGCACUUUGUUAUACAUGAGCUAAAUAUGGAUUACUAUUGACUACUAGUAUAUGAAGAGCAUAAAUAAUUGUACUAAAAUUAUAUUUCUUUAACUAUUGCUACCAAGUCAUACGCGUGCAUUAUUAAUCAGUGUAUUCAGGUAUUAAAUUCGAAAAGUCGUGCACUCUUA